CUUCCUGACGUCAAGCUAUUGAUUCUCCCAGCAGACGACGUAACUUCAUUUUUCUAUUGGCGGGAGUAAAAAAAACAACAGGAGAAUGAAUAAACUUCAAGUGAAUUGUUUCUACUUCCUUGGCUCCAAGUUGGCAUGUCUGGUUGGAUAUAGAUCUCUAUAGGACCAGCUCUCCUAUCUAAGAUGGCAUGAUGACGCAUAAUUACAAGCCAAUGACUAACGGCGACCUGGCCUUCAUCGUCAUCAUCAGUAUCGUGCUGGUCCUCUCGGUGCUCGGCAACCUGAUGGUGCUGGUGGUGAUGAUACGUACUCCCAAACUGAUGAACGCCACCAACUUGUUUAUCUGCAACGUGACGGUCAGUGACAUCCUGCUGGCUGGACUGGUCAUACCACAGAAUAUACACGACAUCUCGCACGCAGAUGAUAAUUACUACGAGGGGGAUUUUCUCUGCCGCGUGGUCAACUUCUGCCCACUUCUGUGUGUCAUGGCGUCCAUCUAUUCAAUGGUGGCCAUCUCCUUUGAAAGAAAACGUGCCAUCUUGGUCAGCAACGGAGCACGCACCACAAGUGCGCAGGCGAUGAAGAUCAUUCCUUUAAUAUGGUGCCUGGCUUUGGUCUUCUGUAUACCAAGUAUAUACGAGUAUUCAGAGUUUCAAGAACUGACUGUCAACGGCAGUGUCAUCACAAGAUGUGGCAAUCACAAUGUCUCCAACCUGUACUCCACAGUGAACGGCAGCUGUAUCUUGAUGCUGGCCUAUAUUCUCCCCUUGUCAGUACUCUUGUUCAACUACAGCUGCAUUAUUGGAUUUUUUCGAUCACGUGGUAUAUUUAACUCAACGAGUAUAGUGUCUGUGGUUAACCAGGCUAUGUAUAGAAGUCGUUACAAUGUUGUCAAGAUGAUGAUUCUGAUCUCUCUGUUGUUCUGUGUUUCGUGGAUGCCUUACUUUGUACUGCUGCUGAUAGAGAAAAUCACCGGAACAAGUGACGUCACUGACGCUGAGAGUUCCGUGCAGAUGUUGCGGCUGGCGCUGGCUGUGUUCAGCACGGUCUACAAUUUUCUCCUCAACAUCAUCUACAACAGAAACUUUCGCGGAGGUUUCCAAAAGUUCUUCGUCUGCGCUCGACGUGUGGCAAGAACGAAUACAAUUGUCCCCCUCGAGCCAGGAAACACAGCCAACCUGGCAGGCUCUUCCGACAUCAUGGUUACUCCUUCAGCCUUUGUUUUAUCAUUACAGCCAAGAAGUGCUACCUUAGCCUAGAAGUGAUACCUCAUACCUCAGAAGUAUUACCUUGCAGGAGAUGUGCUAACGUAACCAAGAAUUUCAACAUUAUCAAAAAGUGCUACCAUAGCAUAGAGUUGCUACAUUAAUCAAGAAGUGAGACCUUAGUCUAGAAUGAAUAAAUUGGUAGUACUACCGUAGCCAAGAAGUGCUACUUUAGCCUAUAAGUGCAACAUUAGGCAAGAAGUGCUACCCAAAUUCUACCUGCCUAAAAUUUGGUUGGAAACCACGUUUGAAUGUAUAAUAUUCAGUGCUAUUCAUAGGUCAGGAAUGGAGUGGCGCGGGCACGCUACUCUGCCUCAUCGUGGCGCUCGUGUGGAAACGACCAUUGGAGUAAGUGGUUAGGUUAAACGGGUAGCAAAACAAAACUCCCGUGGGGGUGUCCACGGGUUAGCGAGAGCCAACCCAUUGCACGGAGCGGAGUUGAAAGAGAGCCCUCACGAAACUGUCGAAAAUUCAUGCACCGUUCCGGACCGUUACAUUAAUGGCGAGUUCCCCACGGUUAGCUUGGUACAACAAAAGAAAAUGGCGGAGGUUCCCGGUGUGCUCGGUCUUCGGCCAUGUCUAGCCCAUGCGCUCGGGGACCAGAUGCAUCGGAAAUAGCAAUGCUUUACAUAGGCAUUGACUUGGGUCUCUUCCAGACAGAACUGUGUGUUCACACAGGUUGUUUUUGUUUUUUUACUGUUUGACGCUCAAACAUGUUGUUUUUUUUUCAAACUUAGAGCUCGAUGAGCCUUCGGCUCAGCUCUUAAGACGAUCAAACGGAAUGGAGUGGGGCUGAGGACCUUAUUUAAUCCCUUCAGUCUCUAAGUCUGGACUGGAAGACCUGCCGGAUGAACAUAACAUUCUGACCCUAGAAAGUCUAAUUGAAACGAAUGCACUGUAAGACUUCAGUGAUACCUUUUUUAAAUGGCUUAAUCAAGAGUUCACUUAAUAGCUGCCUGAAGGCGUGGUACAAUUAUUUGCAGAUCGAUGUCAUCUCUGCCACCUUGCAGGGCGUUUGAUGAAGGACGUGACCUCUACAAUUACAUAACGUUUAACGUUUUUAAAAAAUGCUUUAAAUAAGUGCCGCAAGGGAGGUAACCUGUUUUAACCAAUUUAUAUGGAUUACCAUUGUGUUGAACUCCUCUUUUUUUCUCUUAAUAUUUCCAAUGUUUGUCAAAAUUAUGCUGCCACACCAUUUACCAUCAUAACAUAAAUACAUUGCAGGCAUC